AUGGAGUGUGAGGAGGUGGUGGCUCUAGUUUCUGGAGAAACAGAGCAUUGCAAAAAGCUGCCUCCUUCUCUUGUUUCACGUUUGUUUCCAAGGAUGAGAGAUCAUAGUGAGACUUCGAUGUUGCAGCAGAUGUUGAAGUGGGAACCUGGUGGUGUUAUGAAUGUCUGCGAAGGCCUUGGUGUUGAAUCCGACGAGAGUUCGAAGCACGGUCAGGUUGGAGUCGAAGACCUUGACCCGCUCCAAGCCUUGAGGUUAGGACUUGAGCUGUCGGCGAUUCUGCCUUGGUCCACAGAAGUCAGCAGUGUUGGGACCAUGAGGAUGGUUGCUUUUGGUGGAGAUGGACUUCCAAUUGUUGAGAAAAAUGAGAAUGACAUGCCUUUCAUGCCGGUUCCCACAGAUGGCGCCAAAUGUUAUACUCGUAAUUUUGGGAUAGCCGUAGUAUCACAAUCAUACAAGCUUGAGAGCCUUUACAAAUGGGAGAGCAGAGAGAUGUGGAGGAAAGGAGAGAGAGUGGCCGAGAGCACUCUCUUCUCUUGGCUCCUUGUCUUUUUCGAGGUCCCCUUUCAGCAAGAAGAGGGAGUCCCUUUUGUAGGAGAACAACAACUGACUUCUACUCUUGGGCCUGCUGACGUGGCAGCCCAUUAG